AUGAUGCUGCACCGACUUUCGCAUCCCCAGAUCGUUGAAGUGAUUGGCCUCGUGUCCGAGCAGGGCAUCGUCAACGGCUUCGUCAUGGAGCGCCUCGGAGAGUCCCUCGAGCAAGCUUCCAGCCGAGGCCAUCUGUGCUGGCAACGCCUGGAGAAGGCUUUCGGGCAGAUCGUCGAGGCGGUCGCGCACAUCCACCGUCUCCUGAUCGCGCACACCGACCUCAAGCCGGCGAACGCGUGCUUCAAGCGUUACGGGCACUUCCCCGUCAAGCUCAUCGACUUCGACUCCGCGCAGCAGCUGAAGGAUGCCGAUCAGACUAUGUACAGACUUGCGGGCAAUUUGGCUGCGGUGUCGCCCGAAAGGGCCGAGCGCCUCCCGUGCCAAUUCCUCCCUGAAGACGUCUUCAUGCUUGGCUGGACCUUCCGUCCCACGCUCCUCACCAGCACUCCGGCCGGCGACCCGCUGACCAAGCUGUGGGGCAUGUGCUGGUUCCUGUGCAGUGCAGAGAUCAAGGAAUCGUGGAUGCAUCCCUUGUCUGCCCCACUGCAGAUGGCACCGUGGCUGCAUGUGCUUAUGCAGAUCACCCACUACGCCGUCUACUGGUUCAACAGCACAGCUGGAGGGACGGAUUGCAGGUACCUUGCAUCGGAGGCACAGCUGCAGACGACGCUGAGUGGCGUCAUUUUUGGGGCCCGCUGGGGAGGUGCUUUCCAAACCUCCCGCUUCUUUGAGCGUUCACCGUUUCUGACGACUUGGAAAGCCGCUGCGUGUCAGUUCUUUUCGGGAACGGAUGUGGAAUUUAACCUGAAGACAUGCAUUCUAUGGAUGGAAAGAGCCAAGGCUGCUGUUAUGCCUGAGAACUCGAAUCGUGAUAGGACGUACUUCAAAGAUGGCAAACCCAGCCGGGAUCUCUGUUGGGAGCAUUCUGAGACGUUGGAUGGUACCUUCGUCCGUGGCAUUCGCAGGGCUUGCCGCGAUAUCGGCAUUUGGGCUUGUUUGGGUGUAGAUCUGCAUGGACGGGAGAAACCAACCGUUCACAUUGGGAUCUUGCUCAUUGCUCCAACUGGGAAGAUCGUUGGCUGCGUAAAGAAGCACGUUCUCUGGGACUUCGAGUACACCCUUUUCGAACCGGGCAGCGAGCCCUAUCUAUCAAGUGUUCGACACCGAGCUUGGGUUUUGUUGAACUCCCUGAACAGCCGGGGCCCUGAUGAAAUGCGGCUGCACAUCCCCUUGCGUGCUUCGAACGCAGUUUGGCACGUGGCCUCCAAGACCGUCGGAGUGAGAGUUGUGGCUUCGGAGGAACAUGACGACAUGGUGGUUGCGGAGGUGGCGAUGAUGCGGCUCAGUGCGACGCACACUCGCCAGUGCACCGAGUGGAUGACCCAGCGGCAGAUCUCCUACGCUGCCCGUCGAGGAGCGGUUCUGGGCGUCCUGCCCGCACUUUGGUGCUUCCGCCGUGAGGAGGUCCAGAAGGAUCCUGCGGAAGCUGCCGCCUACUCCAAUCAGGUCCUGAAAAAACUGCAAGGCUGGUGCAAAGACAGCAACUUCAACCUCUGCUGCAGCCUCGUGGAAGAGGAAGCAGGCAGUCGCUUCCACACAGCCUACUUGGUCGGAGCGGACGGUUCAGUGCUGCUCAAGUAUCGCAAGACUCACUUGAACCGUGUAGAGAGUUCUUGGGCCUCUCAGGGUGACUCCAUCGUCGUGGAGUCUGUGCCAGGCUUGGGACGGGUGGCCGUGCUGAUCGCAGACGAAGUCUGGAACCCUGAGCUUUCGUGGUGCAUCUCGCUUCAAGCCGCCGAGGUGGUAUUGCACCCGGCCGACUGGGACAGGGUCGAGGCCGCUGAGAUGGCAGCCACGGAGCGUGCAACCGAGAACCGCUUCCACCUGGUCUCCGUCCAUCGGCUCGACAGUCCGGGACGUGUAGGGUCUCAGACAACACUUGCUGGGGAAUGCAUCGGCGGCGAGCCGAUACCGCUCAUCCGAUAUGGCCACGGCAUUUGGUGUCGAUUCGGAGUUGAAGAACUCAUUGUUGUCGACUUACUUCGGCGGCAGCCGCACUGCAA